AUGGCUUCCCUGGGCUCCGCCUCAUACUGGUGCUACACAUGUAGCCGAUCGAUUCGGGUUCGGAUCCGGGCCCAAGACUCGAUCCUCUGCCCCGAUUGCGGAGCCGGAUUCAUCGAAGAGAUCCAGACCCCGACCCGAUCUCCGCUCCACCACCCAUUCCCCACCGCCGCGAUGUUCCUCGACAACACUCCAAUUUCGCAGAGCCCGAGCCCACCUAAUCUCCGCCGGAGCCAGAGAAGCAGCCGCGAUCGCUCACCGUUCAACCCGGUUAUUGUCCUCCGAGGCCCACCUGACACCGAAUCCGACCCGGGAAGCUUCGAGCUUUACUACGAUGACGGAGCCGGUUCGGGCCUCCGCCCUCUGCCGUCGUCCAUGUCGGACUUCUUAAUGGGAUCGGGUUUCGACCGGCUGCUCCACCAAUUGACCCAAUUGGAAAACGGCGUCGCACGGCUCGACCACCCUCCGGCGUCAAAAGCCGCCAUCGAGUCCAUGCCCGUCAUCAAAAUCGCUGACGACCACGUCUCCACCGAGUCGCACUGCGCUGUUUGCAAGGAGGCGUUCGAGCUCGACUCGGAAGCUCGCGAGAUGCCCUGUAAGCACAUCUACCACUCCGACUGUAUAUUCCCAUGGCUUUCGCUUCGAAACUCGUGCCCAGUUUGCCGCCACCAGCUCCCUACUGACGUGCGCGGGCCGCGUGGCAGAGCCUCGCCGGAGAAUAAUGGUGUGGCUGGAGAAGAAGAGACGGUGGGGUUGACUAUCUGGAGAUUGCCCGGGGGCGGAUUCGCUGUGGGCAGGUUCACCGGAGGCAGGAGAGCUGCUGAGCGUGAGCUUCCAGUUGUUUACACUGAGAUGGAUGGUGGGUUCAAUACGGCUGGUGCCCCUAGGAGGAUUUCAUGGGCUUCUAGAAGAAGAGCGAGGGAGAGUGGUGGGUUUGCUCAGGCUUUUCGCAAUUUCUUCUCCUUUUUUGGGAGGCUCAGAAGCUCGAGAAGCGGGUCUGGUAAUGUGUUUAGUAGAUCAUCAAGGAGGAGAAGCCAGCGUUGGGCUUUGGAAGAUAACUGA